UCCUCGCUCCCCUCCUGUGAGUUACAGGGACAGUUUCAUCUAAACCGGAUGCACAAAGCUGGAGAUGUGGUUCUGGGGGGACUAUUUGAAAUACAUUUCUUUUCUAAAUUUGCCAAUUUUACUUUUACCUCUAAGCCACAACAUCCUACCUGCCAUGGUUUUGAUGUUCUAGGAUUUAGACAGGCCCAGACCAUGGCCUUCGCUAUUGAUGAGAUCAAUAGAAAUUCCAAGCUCUUACCCAAUGUAACUCUGGGCUACAGCCUGUAUGAUAAUUGUGUCGACCUUGGAAUUGGAUUCCGUGCAGCCCUGGCAUUAAUCAGCGGUGAGGAAAAGCAAAUGAUAUUAGAUGAGACCUGCGGAGGGAUCCCUCCGGUUCUAGGAAUUGUUGGCGAUUCGUCGUCUACACGCUCCAUCGCCAUCUCCACUGUUCUAGGUGAGUUAUUUUGCCACAUGUUCUUGCCUGAGUGAUCGACAGAAGUUUCCUUCUUUCUUCAGGACAGUACCAAGUGAUUUCUUUCAG